AUGGAGAGAUCGAAAUCGAAGCCAGCCCCGGCCACUUGCACGCUGUGCUACAAGGCGAAGUGCCGGUGUGUGCGUGCCCCAAAUGGUGAUGCUUGUGAAAGGUGCCUUCGUCUCAAGAAAAGGUGUGAGCCGUCAGAGUCGGUUCGCCGACGGAAUGCUCAAAAUGCCCAGACUGCCAAAGUAUCCGAUAGGCGGAUUGCUCGGCUGGAGGACAAAAUGGAGAGCUUGUUGUCCACUAUGCAAUCUUUCAUCGGUUCCACGGCGCCUUCGGGGUCUUCUGUCAACGUCCUUCAGACUCUCCACGGAGACGGCAUUUCAUUAUCCACGUCUUCUUCGAAUGCCACUCUAGCAACCCCUGCGAGCACUACUCUGGGCUUCAGUGACGGACCGAACUCCGCGACGGACAAAAUUGCUGCGGCAUCAUCGAAUCCAAAUCCAGAUCCGACGUUCCUGUCUCAUCAUUAUUCUCUAUCUACCCCCGCUCCAUCGCCAAACCAAGCAGACGAAAGGCUCGAUUUCUUCCGGUCCCGAAUGCUGCCAUCCUUUCCUUUCAUCCACCUGGCUCCAGACAUGACAAGCUGCUAUCUGCGCCAAAACAGGCCCUUCUUGCUUCAAGCUAUCCACACCGUGACCACAUUCUCAACCCAGGAAAGACUUACUCAGGUGGAAGAGCUGAAGCAUCUCCUGUUCACAUCGGCUUUGCUUCAGGUCCAGUCAAAUAUCGACCUGCUGCUUGGAUUACUAACAUACCUAGCAUGGAGUACUGACCCCUUUCUCGGCCGAGCUGACCUCGUCUCUCGCCUCAUGAUGCUCGCCAUUUCACUCAUCUAUGAUCUGCGAUUGUUCAAACCAUCCUCGCCAGACGUGGAACUCAUGAUGACUAUUACCCAGGGACGGGCGGACGACAAUAAUCAAAGCCACAACAAUGAAACGCCCCACGACUUAUUGGAAAGGCAGCGGGCAGUACUGGCGUGUUUUGUUUUGAGCUCUAAUAUUGCAUCCCACCUUGGGCGUCAGGACGCUCUACGAUGGACACCGCAGAUGGAAGAGGCGCUUCGAGUCCUCACAAUAAGCGAGGCAUGUCCUGCAGAUAGGCUAUUUGUCUGUCAAGUGCGCUUGCAGCUCUUAAAACAAAGAGCAGAUGACGUACGGCAACAGGACGAGGGUCGCAUCGGAACAGCUCCUGCGGCGGUUUCAGCUCCUCGUCUACUGUAUCUCAAGACCUUACGAAGGCAGCUCCAUGAGCUGGCGUCUACGUUUCCUCCCGACCUCCCCCAGCUAGACAUUCUGAAUUCACACGCCCAAUACGUCGAAUUAUACAUCAACCAGCUCGCCUAUUCCAUCAGCCAAGACUCACCUCCUCUCAAUCUGUCUGGACUACUAGGCUUCGAACGCCUGGAGUGUCUGUGGCAGUCAGUUGAGAACAUCAGGUCAUGGCUGGACCAUUUCAGCCGGAUCCCUUGUUCGGACCUUGUCGGCCAGCCCUUUCACUUCUGGUCCCAGAUGAUUCUGACAGUCACACUAUUGAAAUAUCUAUCAACACUUCAAGACCCCGAAUGGGAUUGCCAGGCGGUGCGGAGCACAGUUCACCUGAUCUCCACGAUGGAUACUAUGAUUCAGAAGCUCAAUCUAAGCAGCAAGGAGCCAGAACUCCAGUGCGACGACCAUUUACUCAAGUUUUUAUCCAAGCUUUUAACCAGAUGCCAUCUGUGGGCUGAAGCUCGCUGGCAUGAAGAGGAGACCGCCGGCCACAAUCACCAUAUCCCCGAUCUAGAUCGGAUGGCCUGGAUGCAUUCGAUGGACCUGGGAGACGAUCAGUGGAUUGAAAAUGUACUGGGUAUGCCCACCGCAUUCUACUAGUUUGAAGGCUGUCCAUACGUGGGCCGAAUAUAUUCGAUCCGUCUGUCACUUAAUUGAGAUUACUGGUUGCAGUUACAUAGGUGUAGAUAGAUUGAAUUUCGC